AUGAGAGGUUUAAUCAAACCUAUUUGCAAAUGUAACCAAGAAAACUUGAGAAGUUUUGUGGAAAAUCAAAAGAAUGACGGAAUCCCAUUUGUUCCUGAACUUGCACUGGAUUUUGCAAAACAGUUAUUCACUGGAAUACAAUACAUUCAUGAUAAACUUGUGGUGCAAAAAGACCUUAAGCCGGACAAUGUGUUUUUAUCCCGCGAUCAGAAAGUCAUUAAAAUUGGUGAUUUUGGCAUAAGCGAAGUUAUCGAGUCAAAGACUCAAACAGUUUACACCAGAAAAGGCCUCGGUACUGACGGUUACAGACCCCCUGAAUCAUUUGUACCUGGAUUUCCAACUUUUUACAAAAAACUGACAUUUAUUCACUGGCUAUCAUUGUUUACUAUGUUUGGAGUGAUGGCGAACAUCCCUUCGGCGAUGAAAGAGACUUAUGGAAUCAUUUCAUGA